GCCCCCUGCGGGCGAAGCAGCCCCGCCGGGGUGGGGAGGGUCCCGGGUCCCCGGCGAUGCUCGCGGGGCUUCCGCCCAAUUUCCUGCCUCCGACUCGGCCGGAGCAGUUUGUGCAAUUUAGAAACUCGAUAGGAGGCAGCAGCUGAUCUCCUACCAGCCUAAAAAUAAUUCACUCCGGCUGCGCACACUGCGUGCUUCGACUGGGAGAACUCUGUCAUCCGAGAGAGAGUUGUGUGUUCUGGUUUGAGAUUUACAUCCUAAGACAGUGUAGAAACUCCUGCCUCAAAGGUAGCACAGCUGCACCCUAGGGGGCUGAAGUAUCGUGGAGCCCAAGAAUAAAUUAUAUUUAGAAAAAAUGAGUCUUUCAUUUUGUGGUAACAACAUCUCUUCAUACAAUAUCUAUGACGGUGUGUUACAAAACCCCUGCUUUGUGGAUGCCCUCAACUUGGUACCUCAUGUGUUCCUGUUGUUUAUCACUUUCCCCAUAUUGUUUAUUGGGUGGGGAAGCCAAAGCUCAAAAGUGCAAAUUCAUCACAACACCUGGCUCCAUUUUCCCGGACAUAACCUGAGAUGGAUUCUCACCUUUGCGCUUCUGUUUGUGCAUGUUUGUGAAAUAGCAGAAGGCAUUGUCUCAGAUUCACGGCGGGAAUCCAGGCACCUACAUCUCUUCAUGCCAGCCGUCAUGGGUUUCGUGGCUACUACCACAUCCAUUGUAUAUUAUCAUAACAUUGAAACAUCAAAUUUCCCCAAAUUACUUUUAGCUCUAUUCCUGUAUUGGGUAAUGGCCUUUAUAACAAAAACAAUAAAACUGGUCAAAUACUGGCAGUUGGGAUGGGGAGUAUCAGACCUGCGUUUCUGCAUCACAGGCAUGAUGGUGAUCUUGAAUGGGCUCCUGAUGGCUGUGGAGAUCAAUGUCAUUCGGGUCAGAAGAUAUGUAUUCUUCAUGAAUCCUCAGAAAGUAAAGCCUCCUGAAGACCUCCAGGAUCUGGGUGUGAGAUUCCUUCAACCAUUUGUGAAUUUGCUGUCAAAAGCAACAUACUGGUGGAUGAACACACUCAUCAUUUCUGCUCAUAGGAAGCCUAUUGAUCUGAAGGCAAUUGGAAAAUUGCCCAUAGCAAUGAGGGCAGUAACAAAUUAUGUUUGCCUGAAAGAUGCAUACGAAGAACAAAAGAAAAAAGCAGCCGAUCGCCCUAACAGAACUCCCUCUAUAUGGCUUGCCAUGUACAGAGCUUUUGGGAGACCAAUCUUACUGAGCAGCACAUUUCGUUACUUAGCCGACUUGCUGGGUUUUGCCGGACCUCUCUGUAUAUCUGGAAUAGUUCAACGUGUGAAUGAAACCCAGAACGGGACGAAUAACACAACAGGAAUUUCAGAAACCCUUUCAUCAAAAGAAUUUCUGGAAAAUGCUUACGUUCUAGCAGUUCUUCUCUUCCUGGCUCUUAUUCUACAAAGGACAUUCUUGCAGGCUUCCUACUAUGUAACCAUAGAGACUGGCAUUAACCUCCGGGGAGCUCUUCUGGCCAUGAUAUACAAUAAAAUCCUUAGGCUCUCCACGUCUAACUUAUCCAUGGGUGAGAUGACCCUGGGACAGAUCAACAACCUGGUCGCCAUUGAAACCAAUCAACUCAUGUGGUUCUUAUUCCUGUGUCCCAAUCUAUGGGCUAUGCCUGUUCAGAUCAUCAUGGGGGUGAUUCUGCUCUAUAAUUUACUUGGAUCAAGUGCACUGGUUGGUGCAGCUGUCAUCGUGUUACUCGCACCAAUUCAGUACUUCAUCGCUACGAAGUUGGCAGAAGCUCAAAAGAGCACUCUUGAUUAUUCCACCGAGAGACUGAAGAAAACAAAUGAAAUAUUGAAAGGCAUAAAACUUCUAAAAUUGUAUGCCUGGGAACAUAUUUUCUGCAAAAGUGUGGAAGAAACAAGAAUGAAAGAGUUAUCAAGUCUCAAAACCUUUGCACUUUAUACCUCACUCUCCAUCUUCAUGAAUGCAGCAAUUCCCAUAGCAGCCGUUCUUGCUACAUUUGUGACCCAUGCUUAUGCCAGCAGCCACCACCUCAAGCCUGCAGAGGCCUUUGCCUCUCUGUCUCUCUUCCACAUCCUCGUCACCCCGCUGUUCCUGCUCUCCACGGUGGUCAGAUUCGCCGUCAAAGCUAUCGUAAGCGUUCAAAAGCUGAAUGAGUUUCUCCUGAGUGACGAGAUAGGUGAUGACAGCUGGCGAACCGGUGAAGGUUCUCUGCCUUUUGAAUCGUGUAAGAAACACACAGGAGUUCCCAAAACUAUAAACAGGAAACAGCCUGGAAGAUACCACCUGGACAGCUAUGAGCAAUCGACACGACGUCUUCGUCCCACAGAGACAGAAGAUAUUGCCAUAAAGGUCACAAAUGGAUACUUUUCAUGGGGCAGUGGUUUAGCUACACUAUCCAAUAUAGAUAUCCGAAUUCCCACAGGUCAGCUAACCAUGAUUGUGGGUCAGGUAGGAUGUGGGAAAUCCUCCCUUCUCCUUGCCAUUCUUGGUGAGAUGCAGACACUGGAAGGAAAAGUUCAUUGGAGCAAUGUAAAUGAAUCUGAGCCUUCUUUUGAAGCGACCAGAAGUAGGAACAGAUAUUCUGUGGCUUAUGCAGCUCAAAAGCCUUGGCUACUAAAUGCUACAGUAGAAGAAAAUAUUACCUUUGGAAGUCCUUUCAACAGACAAAGGUACAAAGCUGUCACGGACGCCUGCUCUCUUCAGCCAGACAUUGACCUGUUACCAUUUGGAGACCAAACUGAAAUCGGGGAGAGGGGCAUCAACCUGAGUGGGGGACAAAGGCAAAGAAUCUGUGUGGCACGGGCGCUCUAUCAGAACACCAACAUUGUCUUCUUGGAUGACCCAUUCUCUGCCCUGGACAUCCACUUGAGUGAUCAUUUAAUGCAGGAAGGGAUUUUGAAAUUUCUCCAAGACGACAAAAGGACACUUGUUCUUGUGACUCACAAGUUACAGUAUCUGACACAUGCUGACUGGAUCAUAGCCAUGAAAGAUGGAAGUGUCCUAAGAGAAGGAACUUUGAAAGACAUUCAAACCAAAGAUGUCGAGCUGUAUGAACACUGGAAAACACUUAUGAAUCGGCAAGAUCAAGAAUUAGAAAAGGAUAUGGAAGCCGACCAAACAACCUUAGAGAGGAAAACUCUCCGAAGAGCCAUGUAUUCCAGAGAGGCCAAAGCCCAAAUGGAAGAUGAAGACGAAGAGGAAGAAGAGGAGGAAGACGAAGAUGAUGACAUGUCGACUGUGAUGAGGCUCAGGACUAAAAUGCCAUGGAAAACCUGUUGGUGGUACCUUACUUCUGGAGGAUUCUUCUUACUCUUCUUGAUGAUUUUCUCUAAGCUUCUGAAACAUUCAGUUAUUGUAGCUAUCGACUAUUGGCUGGCUACAUGGACAUCCGAGUACAGUAUAAACAAUACCGGAAAAACUGACCAGACCUUCUAUGUGGCUGUAUUUAGCAUCCUGUGCGGAGCAGGUAUUUUUCUUUGUCUCGUCACAUCUCUCACUGUAGAAUGGAUGGGUCUCACAGCUGCCAAAAAUCUUCACCACAAUCUUCUCAAGAAAAUCAUUCUUGGACCCAUAAGGUUUUUCGAUACCACACCCCUGGGGCUAAUUCUCAACCGCUUUUCAGCAGAUACUAAUAUCAUUGACCAGCACAUCCCUCCGACUCUGGAAUCACUAACCCGCUCUACGCUGCUCUGCCUGUCUGCUAUAGGGAUGAUCUCCUACGCCACUCCUGUGUUCCUGGUUGCUCUUGUGCCUCUUGGUGUUGCUUUUUAUUUCAUCCAAAAAUACUUCCGAGUUGCCUCUAAGGACCUCCAGGAACUCGAUGAUAGUACCCAGCUCCCUCUGCUUUGCCAUUUCUCAGAAACAGCUGAAGGACUCACCACCAUCCGGGCCUUCAGGCAUGAAACCAGAUUUAAGCAACGUAUGCUGGAACUGACAGACACAAACAACAUUGCCUACUUAUUCCUCUCAGCUGCCAACAGAUGGCUAGAGGUCAGGACGGAUUAUCUGGGAGCUUGCAUCGUCCUCACUGCAUCUAUUGCCUCCAUUAGUGGAUCUUCCAAUUCUGGAUUGGUGGGUUUGGGGCUUCUGUACGCACUUACGAUAACCAACUAUUUGAAUUGGGUUGUGAGGAACUUGGCUGACCUGGAGGUCCAGAUGGGUGCAGUGAAGAAAGUGAACAGCUUCUUGACCAUGGAGUCAGAGAACUAUGAAGGCACCAUAGAUCCUUCUCAGGUUCCAGAACAUUGGCCACAGGAAGGAGAGAUCAAGAUUCAUGAUCUUUGUGUCAGAUAUGAAAACAAUCUGAAGCCUGUCCUCAAACACGUCAAGGCUUACAUCAAACCUGGGCAAAAGGUGGGCAUAUGUGGACGCACCGGCAGUGGGAAGUCAUCCUUAUCUCUGGCUUUCUUCAGAAUGGUUGAUAUAUUUGAUGGAAAGAUUGUCAUUGAUGGCAUAGACAUUUCUAAACUACCGCUGCACACCCUCCGUUCGAGACUGUCAAUCAUUUUGCAGGAUCCAAUCCUGUUCAGUGGUUCUAUUAGAUUUAAUUUAGAUCCAGAGUGCAAAUGCACGGAUGACAGACUCUGGGAGGCUCUGGAAAUUGCCCAGCUGAAGAAUAUGGUCAAAUCUCUAACUGGAGGUCUAGAUGCAGUGGUCACGGAAGGUGGGGAGAAUUUUAGCGUUGGCCAGAGACAGCUGUUUUGCCUUGCCAGGGCCUUCGUCCGCAAGAGCAGUAUUCUCAUUAUGGACGAAGCCACGGCUUCCAUAGACAUGGCUACGGAAAACAUCUUGCAGAAAGUGGUAAUGACAGCCUUUGCAGACCGCACCGUUGUCACCAUAGCUCAUCGGGUUCACACCAUUCUGACAGCAGACCUGGUUAUUGUGAUGAAGCGAGGAAACAUCUUAGAGUAUGACACUCCAGAAAGCCUGCUGGCCAGAGAAGACGGCGUAUUUGCUUCUUUCGUUCGUGCAGACAUGAGGACAGGUCUGGAGGGAAGAAGAGGCAGGUGUGAGCAGGUCGGUAGCUGGCUAUGGUGACGGGAAGAUGUUGGC